CAUUCCCUCUAUUUUUCUCAUCCUUCAUUACCAAACAUCCCCAAAUUCUAAAUUGUUUACAACUGAAAAAAUGAGUUCGAAGGUAACAGUGCUCAUCCUAGGCCUCUUGGCCAUGGUUCUUCUGAUCUCCUCAGAGGUGGCAGCUAGGGACUUAGCUGAGGCUUCCUCUAAUUCAGAAAAGGCUGAGGUUGUUAAAGAGACAAAUGAAGUGGGUGAUGCCAAAUAUGGUGGAUAUCCUGGUGGGGGCAACCCUGGUUACGGUGGUGGGGGCAACCCUGGUUACGGUGGGGGUUACCCUGGCCGUGGUGGGGGCAACCCUGGUUAUGGUGGUGGCUACCCAGGUCGAGGAGGACAUGGAGGAGGGUAUUGCAGGCAUGGUUGUUGCGGAGGACAAUAUGGGGGAGGUUGCAGAAGGUGCUGCACUUAUGCUGGUGAAGCUGUUGCUGCACAAACUGAGGACAAAACUCACAACUGAUACGUACAGUGCAUGUUGAGUUGAUAUAUAUAUAUAUUUCAUGAAUAAAAUCUCGUGUCGUGAGAGGCAUAGAUAGACAGCUAGCGAGGAGGCCUAUGUGUCUCUACUG